AUGUCACUCACACAGACAAAAGAAAUGGUUGUGAUCAACUUUCAGUCUAAAACCUGUAAACCUUUCCGUCGAAACCUCUUCCGCCUCAACUCCCCUCCAUCAACGCUGAGACAGAAUUGCGCACUCCUCAACGGCCCUCCAUCGCCGCCUCAACCCACAUCGUUUCGUCAUCAUCCGUCGCCGUCCACAGCUGCUUUUGAGGUUGUAAGUAGUAACUGGAGCAGAGGGGUGACAUCAGCUUUUGCUGUCAGAGAAUCAGAGAAGUCUCAUUCGGCUUACAUGAUGUUUGUGCAAACUUGA